AGAGCAACUCACGAAAAUGGGAAACUUGUAGAGUCUCUUUUGUGCCAACACGUUUUUAGUUACAUUCAAACGUUUCGAAAGUGCGAAACAUUAUAAAUUAUUUUCCAGUGAAUUGCAACCGAUUCAUUUUAAUAUAAAUAAUACUGAAAUUUUCCCGAUAGGUAUCGAAAAUGGGAGACACUGAGGACAACCCCCAUGCCCUUUGGGUGAAUCUCAGUUCCCUCGGUGAAGGCAACGUCUUUGCGGUCUUACCUCAGCUUAUGCAACAAAUGUUAAAUAACAAUGUUUUCGAAGAUAUGGAAGAUUUUGCGGAUGUUGUACUACCGAGCGAUGAAACGUGGCAAACGAAAAUAUAUUAUCAGUUAGUUGAAAAACAGAGGCAAGGGGAUACUACAACAAACGAUGCGAAUGAGGAUAUGAUGUACGAUCCUUUUAUGAUAGAAGAAAAACCCAAGCUUCAUGAAUGGAAUACUCUACCUCCGCGAACCAAAACUGUAGAAUGUGAUUUCAAAAUAGAUAAAUACAUAAGGAAGGCUCAAGUCAAAAAAGGUCCUUCCCCAAUUACAUGGACUGUCAGUGAUAUAGCUAAGGCCGGCUGCUUAUUAAGUUGCCCUCCUCUUAAGACGAAUUUUGAAGAUGAGCAGGAAAUGAGAAGAGUCUAUACUUUGAUUUACGAUGUUUUUAGAUAUAAAAAUGUUUUAACUCAAGCACUGAAUGACGUGACUUUUUUUCAAACUUUCCCUAAGCUAUCAGAAAAUGUACAGGUAGUGUGGUUACUUCUUUACGAUCUUUAUCAUCGCUCAUUUAACAAACGGGAAACCCAACUAGCCGCACUAGCUCAUCAACUAUUCGAUGCGUACGGCUUAAGUUUUGCCGAAAACGCUUUAUGGACGCAAAGAAUUAAAUUAGCAGCUGCUAUAGCCAGAUUAAGGAUAAAAAAUUCGGCACUCACUCUGGGUGAAUUACUACCACCUCAUCUUAAAGACGAAAAAGUUACCGAACAAGCUCAAAAUAAUCCAGUUACAUGCUGGAUAAAUAUUUAUAAAACAAGGGACACCAAAGCAUUGUGUGAGGAAAUCGAAAAGUACUUUAAUAUAAAAAUGAUUUCGGAUAUCAGCAGAUUGAAUCAAAACAAUUUCAAAUGGGAUCGCCACUGUCCUCACAUCAUAGUUUUUCAUUCAUCAAUAAGAACUUUGUUAGCUAAAAGUAAUUUUGUCAAAAAUCAUAUUCUCAUUGUACAAGACAAAUCAUUUUGUUUGGGUCCAGCUACAUUUAAAAAGUUAGUUACCGACCUAGAAUUAACAGGUUGUGUGAUACAAACACAUAUAAAUUCUCCUCGAACGACAGCGUACUUAGCGUCUUUGUUAGCACAAAAUGAAAAAAUUAAGAAGUUGUUAGCUUUCAGUGCAGGUAGAAGAAAAGAAGAAUAUGAAAAUUAUUUCAAUCAAUUGGGUAUGUCAAAUAUCAAAUUAUUUUCUGACAGACUCAUUGAUACUCCACCCGAUGCAACAUAUAUGGAAGAGGUAGUUGCUGUUUUCGCUACUCCUCCGAAUAGUUACACAGCUGUUGUUGAUCCUAUAGAUUUGGUGUGUAGUCGAGGAGGAGACCUCUCCAUGCUAGAAAUCCUCACUGAAACUGGUGAUACGAAGGAAGCCAAAGAAAGAAUCGCUAAAGUAUUAGACGAACAACAAAAAACAUUAAGAUUCGCGAUGUCCAGACCUCAAAUACAAUUUGUACUUUAUGAAACGCAUUCUGAGCUUGAUGCAGAAAAUAAAUGUAUGGUUGAUAAAGCGUUAAAUGAAAUAAAUGAAAUAGCUAAAUUACAACACGCAGCGUUACUAGGACAAGCAAAAACUAUUCUAUCGUCAGAAGACAAAGAAAAUAAAGAAAUUAAUAAUAACGAGAAUACAAAUGAGGAAGCUGAAGAUCUGAUAGAAGAAAAAGUACAAGAACCAAAUGUUCUAGAUAAUAUGCCAGAAGAUGAAGGAGAUGAAUUUUUUUUAGACAAAAUAAAUGUCCCCGAUACAGAUAUAUUCGACAAUUGUCAAUUACCGAUACUUUGUCCGAGUGAAUCUUGCAAAGGCUUUCAGAAAGAAGUUUGCGGUUGUUUUCUCGCUCUUUUGCAAAGAAAGUUAGACCGGAUAGCAACACCGACGUUUACAUUUUUGCAUCAUGUUAAAAACAGCAACGAUAUUAAUCCAUGUCCUAAAUACGUCCCUUCACCCCCAACCAGUAUUUAUAAAAGUUGGUGGAAAGAGACUUCUAGACACAUCAAUUGUCUUAGAAAAAGUUUAAUCAAGCAGAAAAUGGUUCCAGCGCAGAAUUCGAACAAAGGCGCUUCGUCUAUAUCGUCUGAGAGUCAACAUAUUGUUGAAAAGUUUUCAAAUCAUUUUAUCAGGGUUGACGAGAUUGUGAAAAAAGUAAACACAAAUCAAAAAAUACCCGUUUUUCCUAAAUUGAAGCUGAAACGUAGCAAGAUUUUCGAGAGGCAUCGAGUACCUAUAACAGUGACAUAUCUCAAUUUUCCAUACAGGUGUAUUUAUCAAAACGAAUCAAAUAUAAAUAAGGUUUCAAUGCAUGGAGGACUGCUAGAGAAAUAUUUGAAUUAGUUAUUAAAUAUAAAAAACAUAUUUGCAUUUAAAUAACACAAAUUUAAAUACGUCGAACGUUUUAACUUCCAAAAUACAAGAAGAAAUGAAGUUAAGAUUUUUUCCAAACUACUAAUGGUUUUAUAACAUAAAAAUUAAAAUCACUUAAUCAACAUACAUAUCUUGAAGGUUUAGAAUUUUAUUUCAGGCAUAAAGAUUUCUAUCAAUGAGUAUUACAGUUUUCCAAAAAAAAAAUUAGUAUGUUACGGUAAUUUAUGUAGACUAGUUGAAGAUUACGCAUCUAAAUUACGAGUAUAUUGACCAAUCAACCUUUAGUAGUAAAUUUAUAUUAACCCUUUCGGCGGUAAUGGUGGCACCAUUCACUUAUCGAGCUCUAGACACAAUGAGCAGUUGCUCUAUUCACUUUCUGAUGUCUUUAAUGUAGAGUAUUUAGAUGACAAAUACAUGAAUGAUUCCUAUACUAAAGCAGUUCGGUUAUUGUGUGCUAUAAAAAUGGAUCUAGAGAAUAUAAAACAUGUGUUUGGUGAGUACCUCUAAUUCUACAUUAUAAAGAAGUUCAAGUAUAUGAGCCUCAUAACUGAAAUUAUUUGUCUAAGACUAGUCUACACGAUUUUUCGUGAGUCGAGCGCAUGGUGGUUCGAGCGCAUGGUGGUUCGAGCGCACAGAUUAUAUAGGAGGGUGCAUCGAGCGCACAUUUGCAGGUGAAAAGACGGUAUCCUCAAUCCCUGUAUUUAACUUGAAAUGUUUAUUACCGUAAAUAAAAAAAAUAUAAAAGAGUUAACGACAGAGUAACAAAGAGUUAAUACGAUUAUAGUCAUAGUUUCCUAAGUUAACUUAACCUAACCUAACCUAACCUCGUUUUGUCUUAAUGAUUAUUCAAAAGUUCGUAUAUUUGCCCAUCUCUAGAAUUCACUUCGACAGAUCAAAUUUUUUUUUGCUCUCGUCGAACGAUUCGGAUUCGACAUAGAUAGUUUGUACUGGAUGCACGAAAUGUUUUCAAAACGUGCCUGUGCGCUCGAUGCACGUGCGCUCCUAGCGUCCCACCAGAAAGAAUAGAUAAAAUGUUAUGUUACAUCUGGUUUUGAAAAUCUUCAUAUUAACAAUAGCAAAAUGAUUAAAAAUGACAAAUCUCGGUUUUAUUUUUUCAGUUUUUUGAGUCAGUUUUUCUUAUUACAGAUCAAAAGUAAUCCUCUAGUAUAUUCUCAUACCAAAAUUUUUGACAUUCUUCAAACAUCUGUGAAAGGAAAGAUUCUUUCGAUUUAUAAGGUAUUUCCUGAAUUGUCAUCAAGGAAACAAUUUAAAUGUGAGUGCAGGAAAUGAAUCUCAAUGAAAUAUCUUCUUCUAAAUUUUUAAUAAGUCAAGCACAUCAUAUUUUUUAUGAUUUUUUUGAUCUAUUGCUUCAAAAAGUCCCGGUCACUAGUCAUAAAAUAACAUCAAUUCACAUGUACGAGUACUCACUCUUUGGAUUCCAUUUGAGCUUCAUCGUUUGCAAUAAUUAACUUCUAAUUCCAAUUACCAGUAAGUAAUUCUCUUUUCCAAUGCAUAUACGAGGAUUGUCUGAAAAGUUUCCGAACUCAUGUCAUGUCAGCACCUAUCAAUAUAAGUUGGGAAUAUAUUUGUGCUUGUUGUGUUGUAUAUUAAUAAUGCCGAGCAAGUUAAUUCAAUGUAACAGGUCGCACAUUGAUCAAACUUUAUUUUAUAAGGUAUUGAAAAGAACAAAACAAUUAUUACACUUGGUCUAUUUUUAGAGUAUAAAUAAAAGUUUUUGUUAAUAUUGAUUGUACGAUAAAAAUAAAACUAAAGUAUUUUUGAAUAAA